AUGGUUAAAACGAGGAAUGCGGCUCCUUCCACGAGCAAGGAUAAGGGGAAGGCCAUCAUCGUAGCUCCACCCGAGUCAUCGGACAACUCACAUCAUUCGGAUUCAGAUUUGGCGGAAGAAACUACUCCUUUGGCUCGAACCCAUGGCAUUCCGUUUUUGGUGUUUAACGACUCAGAGGUGGCCGCGUACAAGCGACUUGCCACCCGAACUAUGCCUAAUCCCCGAGCUAUCGAGUGGGCAACGAUGAAAGCUCUUCAUAUCGACGAACAAGUUCGGAGUUAUUUGAAAGUCCUUAACUUGGAGAAGUACGCAAACCGUGAUAAUUUCACUGCCUUCCGGACACUCACCCUAGAAUGCUUUAGCACAAUUGAGAUGCACGAUAACGGCAACUACCUCACUUGUCGCUUGGACGAGAAGGAGGUCAAAAUUACAGAUAAAGUUCUCUGUGAUAUUUAUGGUUUGAAAACAACGGGUGCUCGCAAGAAACCAGAAGAUUUUCAGACUUACAGACAUUGCGCCUCUUUCUCACCAUGCAAGUCUUUCAAUAAAGCCGAGCCAUCGGCGGGGCUCAUCAAGGAGCUUCCCAUUGCGGAGAAGUACCUGCGAACCAUCCAGGCAGAAGUGAGCUCGCACAAUGCUCGGGUGGAAGCCUACAUUACCAAAAAUGACGAACGUUGGGACCAAUGGGAAGAGACGCAUGCAAAGCAUGAGGCCCAUUGGGACCAUUGGGAAAAGCAGCACCCUCCGCCACGCCGUGCUGCCCUGCCUCGCGCUGCGGUGAGGUCUUCUGCCACGCCGUGCCGCUCUGCCUCACGCCACGGUGAGGUCUUCUGCCGCGCCGUGUCGUCUGCUUCGCGCCACGGUGAGGUACUGUGUCGCGCCGCGGUGGAGCCUCGUGCCGCGAUCACGUCUUUUGCCGGAGUUCUUGUCACCGGAGAGCUGAACCUGCAAGAAAAAAUAAGAAAGUCAGGAAGUAGAAAUGACAAUCGGGAGGGGAGUGGGAGGGUUUAG